AUGGCUGUCCUCAACAACGACCAAGAGGUCCUUUUGCGCAAACGUAAGAAUGCCGACCGUAAAAGAAUCGAAAAACAAGAAGCCGCCCGUGUGCUCAAAGAAAAAGCUGAAAGAAAGAGACUCAUCCCCAAGAGUAAGUUCGUCAGAGCAGAAACCUUGGCCUUGAAGAAUGCCUUGAGCACCAUCGAAAAGAAGAGAAUCGAGAACAUCUUGAAGCACGAAAACAAAAAGAAGGUUUCCUCCGCUAAGGAGGUCGACCCUCGUCUUUUAUUUGUCAUUCGCAUCACUCCCCAAAACAAAUUACAACGUAUUCCAGAGAAAGCCCUCGCCGUUCUCAAAGUGAUGAGAUUGGAGGAGCCAAACCAGGGUGUCUUCAUCAAGAUGUCGCCUGCCGUCGAGACCGCUUUGAAAGUGGUUCUGCCAUACAUCGUCGUGGGUACUCCCUCGUUGGCCUCUGUUCGUCAUUUGUUCCAAAAGAGAGCCGAGAUUCCUAACACAGACUCAGACUCCGAGCUUCCGUACACAAAGCUUGAUAACAACGAUGACGUCGAGAAGAAGUUCGGCGAUGACCUCGGCUUCAUUUGUAUUGAGGACUUGAUUCUUGAGGUAGUGUCAUUGGGUGACCACUUCAAGGAAGUGACCCGGUGGUUGGCUCCAUUCCUGUUGAAGGCUCCAGUGAAGGGCUGGAGUGCUGUGCAGAGAAUCGAGAGAAUUCGUUAUGAGGAGGAAAACAAGAAGGCACAGACUUUGGCUGGCCACGCCAAGGUUGAUGAGAUCGACAUUGACGCAUUCCUUGAGACCCAGACCUAG